UCUUCACAUCUUCAUCUCUUCGAGCAACACAGAUUGGGCGAUCUUCAAGUUUCAGUUUGAGAGAUGGCUGCCGGCCCGGGUGGCGCAACGGUGGAGCGGUUCAUCGUCGGAGCUCAGAAGUCAACCAACCAGCUCAAAGGUUGUGCUGGCCGAGCUACUUCCGGCUGCUGGACUAGGCGCUCGCGCCGGAGCAGGAUCCCCUGGCAGCGCCGUGGAGGCCCUCCUGUCAGACAUCACGGAUUCGCUUUCUCAAGCGCUCGCGUCUCUGCGGCUCAGCGCGCUGGACACGCAGCGAUCGCCAUGGCAGAGUUCUACUGGUGCCGCCGCCGCCGCCGGCCCCGAUCAGCGCCAAGGAGAAGUGGUCAACGGGUCAGGACGGAUGGAGCGUGCCGAAUGAUUGUACUACAACAUGGAGUUCAAGAUUCCUACACAUGGAGGAAGUACGGGCAGAAGGAAAUUCUCGGCGCUAGAUUUCCAAGGAGUUACUUCAGAUGUGGCCGCAAGCCCGGCUGCCCUGCGCGGAAGCAUGUCCAGCAAUCCGACGCCGAUCCAUCCAAGCUUGAGCUCACCUACUUCGCCGCGCACACCUGCGACGACCCACCACCGCCGUCGUCGUCACCACACAUUGUGCCGUGCCCGGUGCGCAUCUCCGGGACCGCCGAUGUUCUUCUGCCAGUUGCCGCCGUUCCGGCAGCUCCGUCUAGCACACAGCAUGAUCCCGUUCCUGAUGGCACGACCUUCACACCGUCGAUGGGGGCGGAGCAAGCCGAGCUGCUCUUCAUACCUUCGCCGGCGUGCUCACAGUCGGAGCUGCUGCCCGCAGAAAUAGCCAAGGUCGAACGGCAAGGUCCGCCGGUGUGGAUGGAGUACGGCCUGGAGGCAGAGCAAGACGAUGAGCCUGUCACUAUUUCCGACUUUGUUGUGCCUUUUUUUUUGAGCAAUCUGGUUUGCGAGAGCAUGACGAUGAGUCUGCCUUCUUUAUGGUGCCUGAGAUGUACCGUUCGUGUAGUGUAGUAUAAAAGGACUGUAACCACGUUUCAAAAAAAAAAAGGACUGUAACCUGCCCUGCCUGUAUUGUGGUGCAAUUUCUGUGAAUGAAACAAAACCUCGGUUGGAAAUUUUGGAAAAAUUGCUCACAUGCUACCGGUUAAAUCCUAAAUUACUGUAGUGCCGCA